UUUUAUUUUUUUUUUUUUUUUUUUUUAUGUUUUGCUCACUGUAUUUCAAACUUUGAUAUAAAUUUCCUGCAUUUAUACACUGCAAAUUAAAGUUGUUCCCUAUCACUAACAGGGUGAAUUCUAACAAUAAUAGAUCUUUUUUAAUUGUGUACACAUUCAUUUUGUUAGUCAAAUUCAGUAUCCCAGUUGCUAAUUACUAAAUUGUUAAACUGAUCGUGUUCUCUGAUCUCCCCAUACAUAAUCAAUAUAUAUACUUGCAUAUGCCUUCUUGUGUAUGUGUUUGUGUAUGCAAUAUUAGUAUAACAUUAUACUUAAUAAAUGUAUAAUAUUAUGUUGGUGGUUUGUGUGAUUUAUUCUACCGCAUCUAUUGUUGCAAAACCCCUAAUAUGUAGCCAAAUGAAGAACUUCAGAUGUAGGCUUAAGCUAAAAUAACCAUCAUUUACAAUUUUACAGUGCCUAAAAUACAAUAAGAUCAAUAAUGUCUGUCACUCUUUUUAAGCAAAAUAAGGAAAGGAGCAUUAACUUAAAAUGCACUGUACACUCAAAUGGCUUGCCUCAAUAUACACACAUGCAGAUUAAUACUUACAAUAAUAGACAUUUCAACAACCCAGGUUUUUUUUUUUUUUUUGGUUAAUUUGAACGUAAUUCACAUUAAAUCAUGCUAGGAAAUUUAACCAUAGCUAACAAUGAUGUCAACAAGAUGCACUUGUUUCUGUUUAUCUACAACCGCUUUCCCGGGUUCAUAUUUCACAGGAUUAUCACAAAAACAUUAGAUAAAUCAUGAAGUCAUUUUUGGGGUAUCCAAUAUGACCAAAAAUCAAUUUAGAUCAGAUCAAGAUUUUACAGCAACACUUUAUAUAACAUUACAUAAAUUACAUGAAAAUAAAUGCGAAGACAUGCAGACAGACUGACAGACAUUAAAACUGUGGUUCUUCAUAGGCUUCGUAGGUAUGUUAAACUCUCCUGGGUCACAUUUUAUCUGCUAGAUAGUGAGGCAUUAGUGUAAUAUGAUCUUUUAAAAAAAGUCAUACACCUUUCUCAGGUUGUUAAUUUAAAUAUGUAAGAAAAGGGGAGGAGAUAGUAUCAAAACAGAAACCAUAAAUACAUGUGUAAGAUAACGCCACAAGCACAGAUAUCUCCAUAUGUUAAACAGAAGAAAAUCCCAAAAUUAUUAUUGAUCCCUGUAUCCAGACAAUCAUUUCAACACCAAGGAAGUUCUCUACAGAACAUCCCAUUUGUGGACCAUCCCAUGAGACUCCCCACCAAAACCAACUGAAAACCAACAUCCAAAUCUCAUACCUUAACCAGAAGGUCCUGCAUUGGGCCCUCUAGCCAAAGAACUUCAGUCAGUGAAUCAACCGCCUCCAGUUCAUCCAGUCAUGAAUCAGUCUGAUCCAAGUAAUCCUGCACCUGAAGGUCCUGCGCCUGGACUCCAGACAGACGUUCAACCACCUCCAGUUCAGCCACAUUUGACUCAGUCUGAACCAGUCUAUGAAGUUGUUCUCCAGGUUCAUGAAGAACAUACAUACAUGUGUCCUGAUCCAGCUUCUCCACCUGCUGGGCUUCAGCCAGAGAAUCAGUCACCUCCAGUUCAGCCAGUCAUGAAUAUAUCUGCUACAGUUAAUGCAGUGCCACAACUGAUUCAGCCAUAUAAAGACUAUCCAGUCCAAAGCUACCUUCCAAAUCCCAUACCUCAGACAGCAGGACCUGGACAGGUUCCUCCAGCAGGGCUCCAGCCACAGAAUCAACCACUUCCAGUUCAGACAGCCUUGAAUCAAUCUGGUCUGAGUAAUCCAGCACAUCACCAGGUUCAGUCAUAUACAGGCCAUCCAGUCCAAAUCUACCCUCCAAAUGCCAUACCUCAGACAGCAGGACCUGGACAGGUUCCUCCAGGUGCAGUGCUCCAGCCACAGAAUCAACCACUUCCAGUUCAGACACUCAUGAAUCAAUCUCCAAAUCCAAUGCCUCAGCCAGGACAGCAACUUUCCACUUACCCUGUGGGAGGUUAUGUAGUACCUGGGCAGGUUCCUCCACUUGCAGGGCUCCAGCUGGGCAAUCAUCCACCUCAAGUUCAGACAGUCAUUCUGUCUACUCCAGGUCAUCCCGUCCAAAACAACCUUCCAAAUCUCAUGCCUCAGUCAGAAGGUCCUGCACCGGCUCCUCCAGCCAUAGAACUUCAGUCAAUGAGUCCUCCGCCUCCAGUUCAGCCAGACUUGAAUCAGUCUGGUCCGAGUAAUCCUGCACCUGACCAGGUUCAGCCAUAUGCAGCACCUGCAGUUCCACCACUAGUUCUACUUUAUGGAGUACCACCCGGUCUCGAAUACCUCACUCAGAUUGACCAGAUACUUGUUCACCAAAAAAUGGAGUGUAUAGAGAUGUUUACUGGCUUUGAGACUAACAACAAAUAUGAGAUCAAGAACAGCAUCGGGCAAGAGAUCUACCACGCCAAAGAAAAGAGUAACUGCUUUAUGCGUAAUAUCUUUGGUCCAGCACGCGGUUUUAGAAUGGAAAUUAAAGACCACAUGGGCCAAGAGGUCAUUCAUAUGGAAAGACCAAUGCGCUGCUUCAUGCAAGAGAUUGAAGUACAGGCUCCCCCUGGAAUAACCAUAGGCUAUGUGAAACAGGAGUGGUCCUGCCUUUUUCCAAAAUUCUCCAUCCUGGGCCCCAACAAUGAGGUACUACUGAAGAUCCGGGGACCCUUCCUUCCAUUCAAAUGUUGUGGUGACAUAAAUUUUGAGGUAAAAGGCAUGAUUGGUAAAGACUCUAUCGGUCGAAUCACAAAACAGCGAAGUGGUUUCAUUAAGAAAUGCAUCAGUGAUGCCACCAACUUUUGUAUCCAGUUCCCUAUGGACAUGGAUGUUAAUAUGAAGGCUGUACUUUUAGGUGCUUGCCUCCUUAUUGACAUCAUGUUCUUUGAAAAAGGUGGAAAUUUAUUUCUGAAAUUAUUAAAGGGAUUUUAAAAUGCCUUCCUUUUUGGUUAUGGGUAUAAAUGUAAUAAUAUCCUACCAUUUUCCACCCUGUCCCUGGGUCUCUAACGGAAAGCCUCAGUUUUUGUGGCGCUUGGCCUUUUUUGAUUGGCUAGAAUUUUUGUAAUAGGAAAUAAUGUAGUUUUUAAUAAUACAAGAAUAUGUACCUAGGUGCUUUAUUGCAUUAGUGAAAGGAGAUACAGGAUUAUAAGAGGAAAGAUGCAACACGAUAUGUUAUAUAUACAGUACAUGACAAAUAUAAUAUAAAUGAAGCUUACAUAUGUAUAACUUGAUUUUUUUAUGUUCUCAUCUGUUUGCAAACAAGCAUUGCUCUAAAUAUAUGAUUCACACUCUGUCCUUUCAUUUUAAUUGACACAUUUAUAGCUGAAAGUUGUAUAUCUUCCUUUCAAUACAGGAUUGUGAUGCAUUACCCCUCCAAAAAGAUAUUAAUGUUUUACAUUGAUAUUUUUUACAUUAACUUAUAGAAUGUUGUGUACAAAACAUUCGAGGGAGUUUUCUUUUCAGAGAUCUGCUUUUCUCUCUCCUCCCUAAUAGCAGAAAGAGUCAAAUGCAUGUGGUCUGAGUGAGAGUGGGGUAUAAGACACAUACUGUUGUCAUAGAGAAAAAUGCUAAAUGGGCAGGCAACCUUUGUCGAGAUGGAGAGACCUACAAAUAUAAAUGGACUCAUUGAGCCUUUUCUUUCCUCUCCCCUUCCUAUCAUUUUGGAACAACAUGAAAUGGAAUAUUCUUCAGUUCUGCAUUCCUCUUCAGUGAAUUUCAGCACUUGUGGGAACACAAAUGCACUAUUAUGCAAAUAUUCAACAAUGUUUUUCCAUAACCAUAAACUCAGUUGUACAGCACAAAUUAACCAGAUUUACUGUCAUUGUUGUGUCUCUUCAAAAUGUCAUUUUUUGUUGUCACUCUUUUUCAUAAUUAGUAUUUAGCUUUCAUAAUCAUAUUUUGCCUUCCAGACAAAAUUGUAUACUGCUGCUGUGCAAAUAUGCAGCCAAUGAAAUUUCCAAUGAAAAAAAAAAAUUUUUUUGGACAUUUUAAAAUUGUAUUGUUUUUUUCUGGAACAAUUAAAAUG